UGUUGACCUGAUUUUUGUUAAGUGGGUUUAUUCAGUAUAUUAGCUCAAUUUUCUUACGUUUACCUUCAUAAUUUUAAUUACAUUUCUCCAGUGUAUCUUGAGGUUCACGUAAUUCACUCUGUAACAUGUAUGCAUCAUCUAAUGUUGUCCGCAAAUCGAUUUAUUAUUGGUAGAUGAUGCUGUCGUUUUUAAUAUCUGAUAGUCGAAAUAGAACACGGGAUCGGACUAUCUUUGUUGUGACAACCCGGUUUCUUGUAUACAAAUCGAUCAAUUGCGGUUCACUAUUUGCCAGUGCCAUUUGUAAUGCUUCCUAUUUGAUACUUUUAAAUAAAAUAUGCAUAGUCCACACCAAUAUUGAACUAAAUAUAAUUUAAAUAAUAAAUAUGCUCAAUGUUCAUUAUAUAGCCUUUUGUAUGAUUUCAGAAAAGUGGCGGGACAUAGCCUAGUGAUAAACUGCUCACUUGAUGCACGGUUGGUCUAGGAUCGAUCCCAGUUAGUGGGUCCAUUGUGCUUUUCUCGUUGUUUCCACUGCAACAAUACUGGUCGUGUUAUAUGGCGUCGGACAUAUGGCUAAGGAGCUCACACAGAUAUUGAGAGAGAAAACCAGCUGUCGCCAUUUCAUGGGCUACUCUUUUAGAUUAGCAGCAAAGUUCUUCUCUUCACAAUGCUCAUUCCAGGUAGGUGUCAGACAGGCUCCUAACGAAACAAGACAUUCUGGAACCGAUCAAAACUACGAAGUUACGCUGUCUUAAAAGAAGUAUGCCAAAAAGUGUUGAUAGAUUUGUCAAACGUGAUGCUUCGUCAAAACAUUGUGAACACAACCCUGAUGUUUUGGUUCAGAAACCUUUCCAGUGUGGGAUGUGCUUAAAGUGUUUCUCUCACAAUAGUCAUAUUAAGCUAAAUAUGAUGACACACACUGGUGAACGACCAUAUAAGUGUGAGGUUUGUAGAAAGAGUUUUCGUCGGAAUGAUUCCUUGAAACAGCAUAUGUUGGUUCACACUGGAGUGAAGAAUUUCAAAUGUGAUAUAUGUGCAAAGCAUUUCUCUAAGACUACGAACUUGAAAACUCAUAUGUUGAUUCACAAUGGCGUUAAACGUUUUAAAUGCGAGGUGUGUGCAAAAUAUUUCUCUCAGAACGUCAACAUGAAAACUCAUAUGCUCGUUCACACUGGAGUUAGUUCUCUCAAAUGUGAGGUCUGUUCAAAAUGUUUCUCUCACAGUUCUAUUUUAAAACAACAUAUGCUGGUUCACACGGGUGUUAAGUCUUUUAAUUGUGAGGUAUGUGCAAAAUGUUUCUCACAAAAUUCUUACUUGAAAAGACAUAUGUUGAUUCACACUGGUGUUAUGCCUUUUAAGUGUGAGGUGUGUGCAAAAUGUUUCAAAAAUAGUUCCAACUUGAAAAGUCAUAUGUUCAUGCACACUGGAAAUGGGCCAUUCAAAUGUGAGGUGUGUUCAAAAUGUUUCGCUCACAAUUCUGGUUUAAAACAGCAUAUGCUGGUUCACACAGGUUUUAAGUAUUUUAAUUGUGAGGUGUGUGCAAAAUGUUUCUCUAGCAAAGGAAACUUGAAUCGGCAUAUGUUGAUUCACACUGGCACGAAAAACAAAACUGAGUGGAGUGAUUAAUUGGAGCGUCAUUUAAGAUUUUACCAUAUCAAUACGAAAUAAAUUCACAUCCAAAAGGGACCUCUGCAGUACUCUCUUUAAAGUAGUCUCAGGAGUGAUGGGGAGUGAGAGCUCCCCUUAAAUGGCGAGGUCUGUCAUUAGGGGACCACACAAUCCCAAAACGAACGUGAUUGAUCUUGAUGAUGGCAAAUGAUCCGAGCUCCGCCAAGUUUAAAACAAAGGGGCCGAAUUUACGAAGCCUGUAAAUUUGUAAAUGUAUGUAGUUAUACGUAUGCAAGUUGUAAACAGGCUUCGUAAAUUUGGCCUGAGAUGAUCAGAGGAGCAUUUCAGGGCAAUUUAAUAUUGUACGUUGUGGGUGAUGAUUUAUAUUUUAAGUCAUAAAAAGGGAGCUUUAAACCGGCAGGAGUUGGGGAGGUCGCCAUUGGGACGUGGGAAAACAAAUCACAUUUGCAUUAAUUAACUUAAAUUCAAUUUAUUGCAUAGGACAAAAUACCCCUGCGCGUGCUGUAACCUCACCGUGGUGCAGGUGUGUAACAUUCUCUUUGAGAAUGGCCAAUACAGCACAAAUUGAAGUUUAGAGUAA